AUGCGGCGGGGCCCGGACGACGUCAGCCCCCGGCGGCUGUCCGACAUCAGCCCGCAGCUCCGGCAGCUCAAGUACCUGGUGGUGGACGAGGCCAUCAAGGAGGACUGGAAGUGGUCCCGCUCCGUGGAGGACCUGACCGGCGCCGGCUCGUCCAGCGGACUCACGUCCAUCGAGGAGCGCAUCCUCCGCAUCACCGGUUAUUACGGCUACCAGCCCUGGGCCGCCGGCUACAAAAGGGAUGAGCGACCCCCGGCCCCACCGGCCCCGCCGGCGGAGGCGCAGAGCGGGACGGCGUCGACGACGUCGGGGCCGGGGCUCGGCCGGGCCCUGCGCUGGCGGAGCUGCGGUGGCGACGGUGGUGGCGGGCCUCGGGCGGCCCUGUGGGGCCUGGCCGUGGCCCUGGGGGUCUGCGCCACCUGGGCCGGCUCCACGCAGCUGGCCAAGCUGACCUUCAGGACCUUCGACGCGCCCUUCACGCUGACGUGGUUUGCCACCGCCUGGAACCUGCUCUUCUUCCCCGUGUACUACGCGGGCCACGUGUGCACGGCGGCCGAGAAGCAGGCCCCGAGGCAGCGCUACAGGGAAUGCUGCCGCUUCUUUGGCGAGAGCGGGCUGACUCUGAAGGCGUUUUGCAUCAAGAUCGCGCCCUUCGGGGUCCUGUGCACGCUGACCAAUUACCUGUACCUGUACGCCCUGAAGAAGAUCAACACGACGGACGUCUCCGCGCUCUUCUGCUGCAACAAAGCGUUCGUGUUCUUGCUGUCGUGGAUCGUGCUCAGGGACAGGUUCAUGGGCGUCAGGAUCGUGGCUGCCAUCUUGGCCAUCGCCGGGAUCGUCAUGAUGACCUACGCGGACGGGUUUCACAGUCACUCGGUGAUCGGCAUCGCGCUGGUGGUGGGCUCGGCCUCCAUGGCCGCGCUCUACAAGGUUCUGUUCAAGCUCCUGUUGGGCAGCGCCAACUUCGGGGAGGCGGCCCUGUUCCUGUCGGCCUUGGGCGUCUUCAACCUGCUGCUGGUCUCCUGCGUCCCCGUCGUCCUCUACUUCACCCGGGUGGAGCACUGGGACUCCCUGGGCGACGUCCCGUGGAGAAACCUCUGCGGGUUCUCCUUUCUCUUACUGACGUUCAAUAUCGUACUGAACUUUGGAAUUGCCGUCACGUAUCCCACCUUGAUCUCUCUCGGGAUUGUGCUGAGUGUGCCCGUGAAUGCAGUGGUGGACGGCUACGUGAGCGAAAUCUCCUUCAACGGGGUCCGGGUCAUCGCCAUCAUCAUCAUCGGCCUGGGCUUCCUCCUGCUGCUGCUGCCGGAAGACUGGGACUCCUGGCUCCUCCGCCUCGUCGCCCGCCUCAAGGCCCGGAGCAAGGAGGAGGCCCCCGAGGCCAACGGGGAAGUCGGCUCCGGGCUGCCCGGCCGGGCCCGCAGGGGCCGGCCUUCCUUCGGCCGCUGAGGCCCGCCCGCCCCAUCCCGGCCCGGACCGCGGGGCGAUGGGCCUGUGGAGGGGCACGAUACGGACCGGCCUGGGCGUAUUUAUCGGCACGUCCACCCCUCUGGCCCCUUGCCUCACGCGACUCCAUCCGAGCGCCCGCCCGAGCCCCUUCGGCUCCCUUUAAACGAAUGCGAGGUUCAUCGCGGCCGGGGAAAGCGUU